AUGGAGCGAACCGAACCGAUAACCUAUCUGGAGGCCACAGCCGCAGCGGGGACCUUCAGCCAGCUGGAACUGGAAGAAGACUUGAUGUCGUCGCCGUUCAUGCUCUCUGAUUCACCACCGCCUUCCCUGUGGCUGCCCCUCCCACCCGCGGAGGGGUUCGCUGCGCCGGAGAAUUUCGGUGACGUGCAGAUUUCACCUCUGGCUGCGAUGCCCUGUAUUCCUGCUGCUGUAGCUGAAGAGACCAACUAUGCCGCCGCACCGGCACCACUUGUGGCCACGCAUGGCACAGGAACAGGGCAAUUAUCGUCCAAUUUUCCCCUGUCAUCCACCACGUCUAACGAGUUUGACGAGGAGGAGGUCCAACAGGCGAUGAUGUCAUUGCAGCAUUCCCAACAUCCGCCGAUGGCUCCCGAUGGGUUGUCGAACACUACCAAUUGUGGUCCAGCAGCGAGGAGCCAUGCCGAUGCAGUGCCGGUGGUCCAACAAGGCACCAACACCACUGCCGAUGAACUGCCUCACCCACAACAGCGGCUUCCACUACCGAAUAACAACCCAGACCCGGAGGCUCAGCCUGGUGGUGGCUGGGCCUGGCCUGAUCUUUCACUGGCCGAUAAAGAAGUACAGAUACAGCAGAUGAGGCCAACCAUUUCGCCAUCUCAGCCGCCCUCACCUACUCCGGUGAUAAACCCUGGUCCAGACGAGGCCAACCAUGCUGCUUCGGCACCGAUGGGUUCGCAAGGUACAUAUUUGUGA